AAGAAAAGAAAAAAAAAAAAAAAGACAGAAAAAUAAAAAAACUAAGGAAACCCAAUAAGCAGCGAUCGAAGCUUUAACUCAAGAAGAGCGAAAAGCUCAGACAUUCAAAUCCGACGGCAAUACGAGAAAGCCACAAAAAGAGAAUCCAAGAUUUUUGGGUUCAUACAAUCGAAGACACAGACACGAACUAAGGGAACCGAACAAGAUUCAUUUUAGUUUCGUGGAGUUGGCGAGAGUCUUCGUUUCUUCUUCGAGAGAGAGUGGUAUGAUAAGGUGGCCUCAAAGCUAGGGUUUUCUGAAUACUGAAUCAGAAAGGUUGAAACUUUGAGGGCUUUUGUGUGAGUUGGUCUGUGGAUAUGUUCUUUAGGGUUUUGGUUCUGAGGAAGAUGAGAUUUGUUACCUUCGCAUUGUAUGGAUUUGGGAAUUGCUAAAAAGGGGAACUUCUUUAGGUACAUAAAUCAGUUUGCAUUUUCUUUGUGUGAAGGACUAUAGAAGUUGAGAGAGUGCGUCUGUGCACUCUCCCCCACUGUACAUCUGGUUUUUGUUGUAGAAGAAGAAACAAAAAAAGUAAGUUUUGGUGAGAGUAAUUAUGCAACGGUCUCAAGAUCAGAGGGUUGAUUUGGGUGAAUUGAAAGGGCAAAUUGUGAAGAAGAUUGGGGUUGAGAGAUCGAGAAGGUAUUUUUAUUAUCUAGGCAGGUUUCUAAGUCAGAAGCUUACUAAGAGUGAGUUUGAUAAGACAUGUUCGAGGUUGUUAGGGAGGGAGAAUCUUUCACUACAUAACCAGUUGAUCCGUUCGGUCUUGAGAAAUGCGUCUGUUGCCAAGUCCCCACCACCAGAUCAUCAUGAAGCUGGUCAUUCUACUAAACCUUUGGCUAAUGCUUAUCAGAGUAGAAGAGAUGGUCCUGAAGAAAGUGGAUCUUUGAUACCUAACCAUAAUCAUCAGAAUGAAGCUGUAUGGUCCAACGGGGUUUUGCCCAUCUCUCCACGGAAAGUUAGGUCGGGAAUGCGUGACAGGAAGAGCAGAGAUAGGCCUAGUCCACUAGGGUCAAACGGGAAGGUUGAACAUAUGUUGCAUCAGCCAAGUUGUAGAGAUGACAAUAGAGGUAGUAGUGUUGGUAUGGAAAACGGGGAUUUGAGUCAAUUUGAUUAUCAAAGAUCAGGCAGAUAUGGUGCUGAUGAAAGAGAUGGUGAGUUUCUUCGUCCUGUGGAGAAACCGAGAAUAAUACCAAAUAAGGAAAAAGUUGCAACUGCAUCAUCUAUGAGAGAUGAUGAAAAUAAAGAAGAGCAGGCUAGGCUAAGUCUAUCAAUGAGUCCUUUGAUUGCACCUCUAGGGAUACCUUUUUGUUCAGCUAGCGUCGGUGGCUCUCGUAGAACGGUUCCUGUUUCGACCAGCGCUGACGUAAAUAGUUGUUAUGACCGUGGUGGAUUACCUGAUAUAGAGAUGCUAAAGAAAAGGAUGGAGAAUAUUGCAGUAGCACAGGGUCUUGAAGGGGUUUCAAUGGAGUGUGCUAAGACGUUGAAUAGCAUGUUGGAUGUGUAUCUGAAGAAGCUGAUGAAAUCAUGCUUUGAUUUGGUUGGAGCCCGGUCCAAUAAUGGUGACCCUGGGAAACAAACUGUAGACAAGCAGCAGAGUCAAAACAAGGUUGUAAAUGGUGUGUGGCCAAGUAAUAGUUUGCAAAUACAAACUCCCAAUGGGCCUUCUGACGUAACACAAGAUCAUCGUUCUGUGUCUCUGCUUGAUUUUAGAACUGCCAUGGAGUUAAAUCCACAGCACCUUGGCGAAAACUGGCCACUUCUCCGAGAGAAAAUUUCCAUGCGUUCUUUCGAGGAACAAGACUUUGAGGUGUGAUGCAUGCAAGUUGAUGUUACAUAUUGUCUGAUUCAGCCUGCUCUUGUCCAAAAGGGGACAACUAAUUUUUGGAUGCAAAAAGAUUUACUGUGUAGUUCCAUAAUGAACCAGAAAGAGAUGAAGUUAUGAGUUCUGAGCUGAAAAGCACAUCAUUAUGACUGCAGCAGCAGACUCAGAGCAAGUUAGUAGAUUAUCAAAAAUGGAACUAAUCUCAAAGAACCGUAGAAAGAUACGUGUUGUUGGUUGCCAUGUUGUAAGAUUAGCGGUAAUUGGCAAUCUCAAAGAGUUUCGAGCUUUGUGUGUAAACCCGAGGCAAAUAAGGAAUUGAGCUUGACAGUUUUGGCAGAGAUACUGUGCUUUCAAGUCGGUGCAAGGUACAAUGUCAAUCAUGUAAUAGCUGCAGUUUGCUCUGUAUGUAACCUAGUCUUUUAGCAUUGUUUAGAAUUCAUAUCUUAAUAACAAAUUUGACAUCCGUUUUUGUUUUCUCAUUUUAAUGGAAAUUUUCUCUCUUACGAAGUCCACAAUA